CGGGAUCCUGUCAGGACCAGCCAAUCCUGAGGCUCUACAGGCCUGGUCCCUGACGCGGUCGACGGGACCCGGGGCCUGGAGGAGGCCUCUGCUACGAUCACUGUCUUGGAACUCCAAUUCCCGCUGCCCAGUGAGUGUGGUCUCCUUCAGGCACUACAAGGAAGCUUUUCUCCCUGCUUGGCUUCUACUUUUAACCCGUGGGAACAUCCCCUAAUACACCCAAACUACAAUCCAGAACCAAGAGAGCAAGGCCAAGAAAGAGGUCAAGAUGGGGUUUAUAUUUUCAAAAUCUAUGAAUGAGAACAUGAAAAGCCAGCAGGAGUUCAUGCUUAUGAAUGCCCGACUUCAGCUGGAAAGGCAGCUAAUGAUGCAGAAUGAAAUGAGAGAAAGACAGAUGGCGAUGCAGAUUGCUUGGUCACGGGAAUUCCUCAAAUAUUUUGGAACAUUUUUUGGCAUUGCAGCAAUCUCUUUAACAGCUGGAGCAAUAAAAAGGAAGAAGCCAGCCUUCAUCGUCCCUAUUGUUCCAUUAGGCUUUGUCCUUAUCUACCAGUUUGACUUGGGCUAUGGAACCCUUCUACAAAGAAUGAAAGGUGAAGCCGAGAACAUACUGGAAACAGAAAAGAGUAAGCUGCAGCUGCCAAAAGGAAUGAUCACUUUUGAAAGCCUUGAAAAAGCAAGAAGGGAACAGAGCAAAUUCUUCAUAGACAAAUGAAAUUAUGUUCACCCACCAAAUCUCAAAACACACAAUUGUUGACUUCAAUCAUGGCCUUUACAAUUUUUUACAUGCUUGAGACUUUGAUAUAAUGGAUUUUAUUUUAAAAUAAUAAAAUGCAAGAUGAGUUCUGUUAAACUAUUUUAAAAUAAAAUUUAUAACAUUCAACACAAAAUCAAGGAGGAACUCUAAUCUUUCAGAUUUCCUUUAUAUGUGUGUGUAUUACAAAUAUCUAAAUGUAAACUGAAUAAACUCAAUUGUUUUCAAUUCAUGGAA